AUGUCAGCGAUAGAAUUGAUACCUGCCCGCCUUACCACUACUCUCACUCCAACCGUUUGCGCGGCGGAUGACGGCUAUUUUCUUGUUAAUAUUCACGGAAAGCCUGGUAUGAUACCUCUAUGGCUACAGCUCGAUCUGCCAAUUCCAACUACAUCAAACCCCUUACGGAAAGAACUACCAACAAGAAGGCACACCAGCUCGUCGGCAGGCAUCUUCCCCCCCCUCUCAGACUGA